CGUCAUGUCACUCCUUGUGUAGGUAUGUGAUGAUUGGGCGUUGUAAAACUACAAAAAUACUAAUAAUGUGUUUUUACUUUAUCAAAAAUAUAGCUUAUUGUUACAUUUAAUUGAAAGUUAAAAAUCUAAUCUUACAAUCGUUUUGGAUUAGCUUAAAAUGCUAUAAGGAAUCGCAUCAUUAACUAGUGAAAAUAAAUUUCAUAAAUUGCUUUCAAAGAAGUUAAAAAAAAAACACUAGCAAUGCCAGAGCAAAGCAACGAUUACCGUGUUGUUGUGUUUGGUGCUGGAGGUGUAGGAAAAAGUUCUCUAGUUCUGCGAUUUGUUAAAGGCACAUUCCGGGAAUCCUACAUACCCACCAUAGAAGAUACUUAUAGACAAGUUAUAAGCAGCAACAAAACAAUUUGUACUCUCCAAAUUACUGAUACUACAGGAUCUCACCAGUUUCCAGCCAUGCAGAGAUUAUCCAUAAGUAAGGGUCAUGCAUUCAUUCUUGUUUAUUCAGUCAGCAGUCGACAAUCAUUGGAAGAAUUAAAGCCAAUAUGGCAGACAAUAAAAGAAAUAAAAGGUACAGAGUUGCCAAAUAUUCCAGUGAUGCUUGCUGGAAACAAAUGUGACGAGAGUCCAGAGAUACGAGAGGUUUCUGCUGCUGAGGGACAAGCACAGGCACAAACUUGGGGAGUUUCAUUUAUGGAAACUUCGGCUAAAACAAAUCAUAAUGUUACUCAGCUUUUUCAGGAACUUUUGAAUAUGGAAAAGAACAGAAAUGUUUCAUUACAAGUUGAUGGUAAAGGAAAAAAGAAGAAGGAGAAGGUGGUUAAAGAAGGUGGUGAAGCAUCUGCUAGUGGAAGAGAGAAAUGCCUUGUCAUGUAAUGGAAACAAUUAUUUAUUAUCUCAUUUAUUUUUAGUAUCAAGUAAUAAGCAACAUUGCGUAAUACAUGACAAUAUAAAAAAUCUUAUUGUGUAAUGAGUUAGUUUAGGGUUAAUUAGUUAAAAAUAUUGGUAUUAAAAAUAUGGUCAGUUCAAUAUUAAAAACUCCUCUUUAAGCAAUGUGCAUAAUUUAAUAUUUGAGUAUUGUUUUACAGAAAUGAUCAUUUUAAUGUAGGAAGUUGUAUAUAAAAUUCAUGUGAGAGCAAUAGGACAGCCUUUCAUUUUUUCAGAGAAUAUUGGUUCUUAGGUUAUAGCUUUUAUCUAUAUCUGUAUAUUGAAAUUAAAGCACACAAUCCAGUAAAAAAAUAUAUAUUUUAACAGUUAUAGAUUAAAGUAUUGUUUGCAUGUAAUGUUGUUUAUUACUUGUAUGUGAUUAUAAAUAUGAUGUAUUUUUUAUUCUAGUCAUAUAAAUCCAAUAUUUGUAUGGAUUUAUUACAUUGCAUUUAAUUAAGCAAAAAUAUUAUUAUUAUGCCUAUUAAGUCAUUUUCAUUAAUUAAUCCAACAUCUUCUAAAUUAAUAUUUUGCUAAUAAUAAGAAUUGAUUUAUUUACACUAGUUGCAUAUUACAUAAAAUAAUGACUGACAUGACACUAAGAAGUGAUAAAAAAUUCCGUAUGUUAGUGUGAAAAAUACAACGAAAUCAAGUCUCUAGGACUUAAUGUUAUUAAAUUAUGUGCUGAUUUAUAAACAGUCAUGAUGCAUUUUUAUAAAUAAGUAUGUUUUUAAUAUUUAGUACCUGAAAUAUUUUAUAAUGGCUUUUUUGCAUUAAAUCAUUGUAUGAAGGAGUAAUAAAUUUGCUCUAUGUAUAUCGUAUUUCUGACAGUAA